UAUCUCUAUAAAUUAUAAUAUAUGGUUUUACUUUACUUGCUUCAUCUUUACAUAAUUACUAGAAAUUAAUCAUUGAAUGGAGUCUGAUCAAUAUGAACAUGCUGGUGGUGGUGGUGGUGAUGAUCAAGGUGAUGCAAAACAAGUUACCAUCAACCUUAGGUCCUAUGAGUGCAAUUUCUGCAAGAGAGGUUUCUCUAAUGCACAAGCACUAGGUGGGCACAUGAAUAUCCAUAGAAAAGACAAAGCGAAACUCAAACAACAAUCCUCAAAUAUUGAAGCAAAUCCUAGUGAUAUUCAAGAGGUGAAUAAGUUAUUACCAAACUUGAAGUCUAAUAUUGCACUGUCUCAAUCUCAACAACAAGAUCAACAACAUCAACAACAUCAUGCUCCUUGUAGAGAUGUUGUUGAUGAAACUGUUGUAACUCAAGUGAGACAACAGCUUCCACUUUUUUCUGAAUCACCAACAAAAAGUGAAAUGCAAAAGCCACAACCACAGCCAUCACAAGGUGAAACUCAAGGAGAAAAAACUACUACUAGUUCUACUACAGAAGAGAGUUUGUUAUUGUCCGGUCAAGAUUCUUCAAUGGAGUUAGACCUAGAGCUGAGAUUAGGGCCGGAGCCACAUGAUUCAUCAGCACCAACGGGUACCAGAAAAUUCUUUUGAUGACUUCAAUGCAUGAAUUUUAUUAUUUCUACAUGCCCAAGAAACUAUUUUUUUCUUGGUGAAAAUAAUUCAUCUUGUGUUUGAUUUUAUUUGUUCUGAAAUUUCAAUUUCAAAUUAAUUAAUUAAUUUGCUUGUAAUGAGCAUUGUUUUGUAUUGUUUAUCUAUUUUUGAGGAUGUGUUCAUUGUUAAAUCUGAUCCAAGUUUAGUACUUUGUUCAUUUUUUUUUGCUUUGGGCAGCAAUUUAUAUUUGAGCUUUAGAACUAAGUUCCUUGUAUUAUAUUAUUAUAGAGGUUUUUUAAUAAGAAUCACAUACACA